GCGCAGCGAGGUUGAUGUGCGGGAGGGUUGGAACGUGAAGGUUGUCAGGCAGGGUGUCCGGUACUGCGAGUUGGCCAUAGAGACAGUGCAGCGCUCAGGGGCACCCGUUACUUUGAUGAUUGAUGGUCGCUACGACUCCGCAAGGGGUGUACAACACUGCACUGUUACUGCCAUCGAGUACAAUGCUCAUCUUGUCGUGGGUAUAUGUACACUCCGUCCCAAAAUUGAGGGAAAGGCAUCCAAACAGCUCGAGGCGCCCGCUGUUGUGCGCCUUUUGAGAGGUUUGCUUGCGAAGGGUUUGCGGAGUAGGACGGUUAUCUCCAAUGAUUGUGCAACGUUAGGUCCCCAAUUGCAAGCUCUUGAUAUUGCUUGGCAGAAAGAUUGCCACCAUAAAAUCAAGAACAUUCGCAAGCACUUCCAAAAAAUAUUGACGCUAAAGGAGGCAAAGAGAGUUAGUAACCCUCACCAAUGUGUGUCAGAGUCUAAGCUCAUGUCGUUUACGAAGAAGGAGAUGUUGGAUGCUUUGGCAACCAGAUUUGGAUCGAGUACUUUGACGUUGAAGGAAGAGCGAUUGAAGAAAUCGGAGUUUGUCGCGAUUGUGCUACAGAAGAUGUGUCCGUUUGGUACGUUGACGAACGCCCAACGUUUGACUGUUGAUCUCGAUGGUGUGACAGAGUUCCAUGCGCACGAGGUUGGGAUGUGGUUCCUUUGCGCUUCUCAGCUUUGUAGGGACGAGGGUGGAGAUGCUGAGACUUUGCACCGCGAUAUUAUGAUGAUCGCGGAGCAUUAGGCUAGAGAUCAUCCGAGGUGCAUUGGCGA